UCUUGUAACUUCAUGGACCUAAGAAUUCACUAUAAAUAACUCUUUAUAUCUCUAACACUCUUCAGUACAAGUUUACAGUUUGAAGUUGUCGGAGAUAUUUCAAUACAGAAUUUAGUAAAAAUGAAGUUACAUUUCAUACCCAUCUUUGCUUCUCUUCUUGUUGUGGUAGUAGCGACUUUAUGUGCUCAAGGAAGUUAUGCAACUCAUCCUUCUGAACUCUACUGGCAAAACAUGUUGCCAAAAACCCCAAUGCCCAAAACUGUUCAAGAUCUUUUACGACCUGAUCUUGUAGAAGAGAAAAACACUUAUGUUGGCGUAGGAAAAGGUGGUGUCAAUGUGGAUACAAAGAAACCAGGAGGAUCAGGAACUUCAGUUGGUGUAGGUAAAGGAGGCGUGGGUGUGAUCACAAACAAACCUGGAGGAUCAGGAACUUCAGUUGGUGUAGGCAAAGGUGGCGUAGUUGUUGUUAACCGGAAACCCGGAGGAAAAGGUACCGCAGUUAACGUUGGAAAGGGUGGUGUGCACGUCGGUACUCAGAACCCAAAAUCGGGUAGCGGCACAACCGUAAAUGUCGGACAUAAAGGAGGAGUUGGAGUUGACACUGGAAAGCCAGGAGGAAGAACUAAAGUGAAUGUAGGAAAAGGAGGAGUUUCUGUGAACACUCGCAAGAAAGGAAAAAGACCAGUCACUGUUUAUGUUCAUCCUGGUCCCAACCCGUUUCAGUACAACUAUGCAGCAUCUGCAAACCAACUCCAAGAUGAUCCUAACUCUGCUCUGUUCUUUUUAGAGAAAGAUUUGCAUUCUGGAAAAAAGAUAAAUUUGCAAUUCGUUAAAACUACUAGUGGAGCUACAUUAUUACCUCGCCAGCUCGUUAAGUCGAUACCAUUCUCCUCAAACAAGUUGACUGAUAUCUUGGACCAAUUUUCAGUCGACCCCUCAUCAGAAGAAGCAGAUGUUAUCAAAGACACGAUCAAAAAAUGUGAAGAACCUACAGUAGCUAAAGAGGAGAAGCAUUGUGCAACAUCACUAGAAUCGAUGAUUGAUUUCAGCAUUUCAAAGUUGGGAAAGAAUGUUAAUGCCUUGACAACUGAGAUCAAUACAGAAGCAACAAAGAAACAACAGUAUGUCAUUCAAUCAGGAGUCAAAAAGAUGAAUGGUGAUCACGCUGUAGUCUGCCAUGGGCAGUCAUAUCUAUAUGCAGUUUACUUCUGUCAUGCAACACACUCUACUAGAGCCUAUACUGUACCAUUGGUUGGAACCGAUGGCACAAAAGUCAAGGCGGUUGCUGUAUGUCACACUGACACUUCGUCGUGGAACCCUAAGCACUUAGCCUUCCAAGUACUUAAGGUUAAGCCAGGAACUGUUCCAAUCUGCCACUUCCUGCCAGAGGAUCACAUUGCGUGGACAAUCAAGAACUAGAAGGUCACAUACAACUUUCCUUCAUAGUUACUUCUGUUAGAUUCUGGGUUUCAUUGCAAAAGUAUACACAUAAGCACUAAACUGAAACUUAAUCUACUUUUCUUAGCACCUGUUGUAUGUAGGAUAGUGUUGUAAGUACUUCAGUUCAGUCUUUAUCCUAUGUUUGGUUAUAUAUAUAUAUAUUGAAAUAAAGAAUACAAGAGUUGAUGAUGUUCACUUAAAAUUAUCAAUAAUAAUAAUGUUGUACUUAUCUUA